UGUGCAGCCAUGAGACCGAACUUGACACUGCAGGCACACGGAGCGCGGAGAUCAGGUUAGAAACAUGCACCGCAACAGAACAUCUCCAAAUCGCAUUCCGCAUACUGAAAUCUAAUCCGAGGACAUCAGGAUGUGUGACAUAAUCCUCAAGACAUCUGAAAACUUCGCUCCUCCAAACAAGGCUCCAGGGGUGGUUUGGAGAGAAAUGCGGACCUCUGUUACUCACUGUUUGCGCUCGCAUGGGUCUAUAAAAGAGGGGGCGGUCACCAACUACCCCCCCAAACGUCAGAGCGCAUUGAACUAUAAAUCUUUCCAAACAGCCCCUCUGCGCCUGGCGCGGUGCUGUGCGCAGACAUCUGCCCUGCUUUAGUCCAAUAUGAGGACGACGCGUGUGGAGACUUCUGCGUAAACACAGAGUGACUUGGAGGAAGUAGAAAACAUUUAUCUGAAUAUCUGUUGUUUACUAUGGCGAGAUUGGUGAGAAAUACCGGAGAUUCUGGACAAAGUACAAUUGAGCUGUUUUACCAAGAGGCAGAUGAACGGUAACAACACACCUCUGGGGCUUUUCUAGUUUGUUGGACAUUCUGAUGUCUUCAUUGGACUCCUUUCGAUCGGAGAUGGUAGAGCUCUCUCGGAUUUCCAGAGUGGAAACGUAGCAUCCAAUUAAUCAGCGACUGCAACUGUACUCCGUGAGGCGCAGAGGCACUUUGGUCCGCCGUCUUCAGAGACGCAUGGUUUAUUCAGUGCACUGGGUCGGAAUACGGAGAACAAAUCUGGCACAACAGAGCGGCCUUUUCCUUCUGUACUUGGACUAAUAUUGAUUUAAGGGAAUUCUCCUUUUGGAGAUUCUGACAUGAUUUACGCAGCUAAGUCAGCUGGGGACACUCCAGGAGUUGCGCUUUCUGUUUGGAUUUUACUAUAAACUACCAAGAAAAUAUUAGGUCUGCAUGGGCCAUAUGUAAGCUUUCAUCAUAGGAACUGAGUCUAAGAUGAAGUUAUGGGAUGUUCUGGCCACGUGUUUCUUGCUCCUGACCUCUGUCGCUACACGGCCUCUCUACCAAAACACUCAGCAAGCCAAGAGGACUCGCUUCCCCAGCAGCUACCGUGAUUCUGGGUCUCUGUCUGUGGAAGACGAAGAGUCACUGUUCCAGCGUGAAGAGCACAACCUUCAGGAGAUCUCCAUGGAAGAUCAGUAUGACAUAGCAGCUCCCUAUCCAGACCAGUUUGAGGACGUGAUGGAUUUUAUUGAGGCUACCAUCGGCAGACUCCGGAGGUCAUCGGAAACUAGCGGGAACUCUGCAGGACGACGGGAGCAGAGACAGAGAGGAGCAGCAAACACAAGAGGCACGAGAGAAGAGAGGAGAGGGCAUGGGGGGAAGAAAAGGGGUCGAGGCCGAGGAGGAGGCCGAGGAGGAAAGGGAAGCGGGGCGGAGAGAGAAAAGGAGAGGAUAUCUGUACAGAGUCGUGGUUGCUUACUAAAGGAGGUCCAUCUCAAUGUAACAGAUUUGGGGUUAGGGUACCAGACCAAGGAGGAGCUGAUCUUCCGGUACUGUAGCGGGCCCUGCAUUGAGGCGGAGACCAACUAUGACAAGAUCCUGAACAACCUCACACACAACAAAAAGCUGGACAAGGACACGCCCUCACGCACCUGCUGUCGACCGAUCGCCUUCGAUGACGAUUUGUCUUUUUUGGACGACGACGUGGUGUAUCACACGCUGAAAAAGCAUUCAGCUCGGAAGUGUGCCUGCGUCUGAGGAAAUCACGACAAAAUACUGCAGCGGACUUUGGAUCAUCUCAGCAGAUGCUGCGCACAGAGGGAUUGCAGUCAGACGUGUGCUCUGGAGGGCAGGGUGUGUAGUCUCUUGUUUUUGUCAGCUGAUAUCAGGACGGGACAAAGUGGAUUACAGCGAGAGCUCAUGAGAGACAAUGGAACAGCCGCUAAAGAAACAAACUGCGCAAAUUCACAUAUAAUCCUCCAGAUUGUGCAUAACGGUACCACUUUACAGCAGAUUAAACACUGUUACACUUACAGAAUGCUGUCAAAAAAGAAGGUGAAGAAAAACUGAUCUAGCAAGGAGGAUUUAAUUUCCCAGGAAUUCAGUUUUUCCUUAGCUGGCUGUCUCCAGAUGAGUGCAGAGAGUUGAAGAACCUCUCUCAGUUGUAGUCUAAAUCACCUCCCCUGUAUAGUCUUGAUGUUGACAUUCAGAGCCAAGGAAAACACACCAAGGUGCAGAAAAGACUGGUGGAAUGCAUCUGCAUAAGAAAAGCAAUCAACAU